AUGAGUGGAAAUCGCCGUUUUGCAGCUAAUGUUGAAGUUUUUCAUCCGCAAAGAACACCUGGCAACCAGAAAUGGAGAGUGAAUAGAGACGAAGUGAAUAAGCGCGACUACUUGUCGUACUCGUUUGUUUUACCAGAUGAGCCAAGUUUACCUAAACAAACCUGCGAAGAUUACUAUUUCGACAAGACUGAGGAUGAUUUUUUGCUAGAACCAGGUGGUUGUAGCAAUACCUUAAGUGAAAGUCCUGCACCCAACCUAUCAGUGCAAUUUAUUGCUGCCGAUAUGAAUAAUCCUGUUGAACGAUGGUCUCCACCAAUCACAGAGCCGAAUUAUGAAAACAUUGUUGAUCUAACGAACGAAAAACCAAGUGGAAGGGACCGUACUUUUGCCUGGUGUUGCAUAGUAGCAAUUCGUAACGACCAUAUCAUUUGCUAUACGCCUAUCAAAGGUAUCCACAAGAUUGUGAUCUCUGCUAAACUUAUGGAGGAAACACCCUUCAUCAAAAACUGGAAAGAUUUGCUCAAGUUAGGGCAAUGGAUCAAUGUCGCAUGUGAACCGCGUUGUAAAAGAGAAUACGAUGAUUUUCGGAUCCCACAUUUCUCGCAUAUAGCGGUUGAAAUUUGUAUCACACCCCAAGAGGCGCCGCCUAUCGAUAACUGGGAGCAACGAGAAAUUUACGGAUUAUUUCAGUUUCGCGUCUACUGCGAUUUAAGAGUUGCUGGUAAUGUGCAGCGGGUUCAAGUGCUAGCUCCUCAUGAAAGGAUAGAAAGCAUACUUAGUGCUCAGCUCACUGCGGAUAAAACCAUCAAGUUUUGGGCGACAAGGAAAAAGCGAGUGUUAGAUUGUGACUUGUUCCUCAUUGAUUGCGAAGAUAUUGAAGAAGAGUAA